GAGAGAGAGAGAGAGAGAGAGAGAGAGAGAGAGAGAGAGAGAGAGGAAGAGAGAGAAAAGAGAUCGCACAGGUGUCGCGGGGGAGACGACGACGCGAGGGAGUACACUCGACGAUCCCGUUUGACGAACGAUAAUCGAACGUAUUCGAGCACACGCGGGAGUACGAGAGAUACUCGCCGAAGGAAAGGAGACCCGGGGGAGUCGCUGUCCGGAAUUCCAUUACCAUAUUAGUCCGAAUAAAUACUCGAAGGAUUUCCGUAGGUAAGAUCGAUCGCGAGGUCCCAGCAUCCUCUGCUCACAAUCGACAUCCAUCUUCCAGGAGGUCGGGGAGAGGAUAUAUUUCGACUUUCUCACCCUCUCGUACUCUCUAUCUUCUUUCCUCUCCUUUCUCUCUCUCUCUCUCUCUCUCUCUUUCUCUCUCUUAUCCUCCGCUUCUCUUUCUCCACUUACUGUCCCUCCUCGCCCUCUCGUGCGCGACCCCACACAUGCACGUUAUCCACCCUCGACAGUCUAAGAAGUUUCGGCGGGUCGCGCAAUAUCACGAACAUUAUGCAUAACUCGGCCGUCGAGUAUCCACAUCUGGCGUCCGCGAUCGUUUCACGUCUCCCCGAGGCGGCGGUUUGGUCUGCAAACGCGAGUCGCUCGGUCGCACGGGUCGUCAGUCCACCCCAUGAAAUUGAACGGGACUGAUAUGAGAGAAACUUAGCGACGAGCGAAGCUCGUGGGAAAGACAAGGAUAGCCGGCAAUGGGACAGGGACUCGUGAUAUAUUCGUCGACGCCUCAAUCCCAAGUGGAGAUUGAUUAGAACGUAAUCGUCAAGGUAAGACGAGAAACUCUGAGAAGACGAUUAAACAAUCCCCUUGAUCCAUCAGACUCCCUGCGACCCUCGAAAUAUCGAGAACUCAUAAGUCAAGUCCAACAUCAAGCAUCAACAAUGUCUAACGUGGAGUGCUGCAUCUCACCUCGCGCAUUGCAAUGCAUUUCGGACGCGACCGACGACGGUUUCGGUGACGACGGCCAGGUCGGAUAACUCCAUCCGAGAUACAUCCGAGGUCGCGAAGAAGCCGUUGAGCAGGAGGACAACGCAUCUAUUACGAGUCGAUCAGCCAUAUCGGCAAACUAGAGCCCUAACGCGAUCAAGAAUCCAAGCCAGGCCAGGAUAAUCCUGCCAUUGUCGCGGUCAAGGUGGAAUCCGUGUGAACACGAGAUCGGGAUAUCAUCCUCGGGACACGUUCGUUGCCGUGAACGCAGAUUUCGGCGAUUCGAUCGGACAGACCAUGGACAGACCGCGUGAUCGGGCGAUCGUCCGGCAGACAGAGAGGCGCUCUUCGAUCGCGACGGGAAAGAUAGAACCGGGAUGCUGCACGCUGUUAUGCUAGGUAGCGGUCCAGGACGGGGGAGACGCGAGUGGUAUCCGGGGUUCUAUCUCCAAAGUCGUCGUCUUGGCUGCAGGAUGAAUCGCGGCGAGCAGGAAAACCUCUUCCGGCAGAGCCGGCAGAUCAUCGUACCUGCCCGCGAGGACCUCGUCCUGAGCGUCCUGAAGUCACCGAUCAGUCAGCAGCAGCAGCAGCUGCAACAGCAACGGCAGCAGUAUCGGCACCCGUAUCAGUCGCACAGCCAGGGCCACUUUAACUGCCAAGCUCAUAAUAAGAAGUGCUUUCGUUCAGGUGAUGCGUACAACAACGAGAGUCUUCCACGAAGCAAGGACCAAUGCUCUAGGCUCGCGGAAAAGCGGUGCAGCGCCGCGACCGCCUACGCUGCCCUGCAGGGCAGCGAGGACGAGCUCGUUGAGGCCGAGCACGGCCUCGAGGCGGAGGACGCCGCGCUGAAGACCCCCGGCAGCGAGACCGAGGACACCGAGGACAACGGCGCGAACGCGGAGGAACCGGCGACGUCGCCCGCGCGUAGAUUCACCUUUCUGCGUCGCUUCCGUUCGCCGCGCUUCGGUGAGGCACACCAUAAGCGGGUGCCGACGCCCAUGAAGAGGAAACACAGACGGAGAAAGAGCAAAGAGGACAUCAAUGACGUGACCGGGGCUGUGGAGGAGGAGGAGGAGCCGCCGAGUCCCGACCAGGCCGGCGUGCCUGAUCCUUACUAUCCGAUCUACUUGCCGAUCGAUCAGGCCUUCAAGGCCAAAUACGUGUUCCACCAUAAGAAGGGCAAGACCUUUCAGGAGAGACUCUACGUGUUCCUCGAGCAUCCCGGCGGCUGGCUGUGUUUCGUCUACCAUUUCGCUGUGUUCAUGGUGGUAUUGGUGUGCCUCAUAUUUAGCGUUUUGUCAACGAUAGACCAAUACAGUAACUUCGCAAACGAAACCCUGUUUUGGAUGGAAAUAUGUCUCGUGGUGUUCUUCGGAGUCGAGUAUAUGGUCCGACUAUGGAGCGCAGGCUGCAGAUCGAAGUACAUGGGUUGCUGCGGACGGCUGCGAUUCAUACGGAAACCGAUUUGUAUCAUAGAUUUAAUCGUCGUGGUAGCUUCUAUGGUAGUGCUGUCGGUGGGGAGCAACGGUCAGGUGUUCGCAACUUCCGCCAUUCGUGGCAUACGGUUUUUGCAAAUUCUUCGAAUGCUCCAUGUCGAUCGUCAAGGCGGCACGUGGCGGCUUUUGGGCUCGGUGGUUUUCAUACAUCGUCAGGAGCUAAUCACAACGCUGUACAUUGGAUUCCUAGGCCUUAUUUUCAGCAGUUACUUUGUGUACCUCGCCGAAAAGGACGCGGUCGGACCGGACGGCAAGACAGACUUCUCCAGCUACGCUGAUGCGUUGUGGUGGGGAGUAAUCACGGUAACGACGAUAGGCUACGGCGACACGGUGCCGCAAACGUGGAUGGGAAAAAUAGUGGCAUCGUGUUUCAGCGUGUUCGCCAUAUCUUUUUUCGCACUUCCAGCUGGUAUCCUGGGCUCCGGCUUCGCGCUCAAGGUGCAGCAGAAGCAGCGGCAGAAGCACUUCAAUCGGCAGAUACCGGCUGCGGCGAUGUUGAUACAGUGUCUGUGGAGGUGUUACGCCGCCGACAAGGCCAUCAACAGCGUCGCCACGUGGAACAUCUACAUCAAGGACCCGGCGCCGGCCGGGCAGCCGUCGACACCACUGGGAAAGUUGAUUUGUGUAAAGAAGAUGUCUCUGAUGAUCCAGGUGGCAAAGAAGGCGAGCGUGCUGAAGAGGCGGAAGUCGCGGAACCGGAUGGACGUCCAGCAGCAACAGCAGCAGGCCCUGCCACCCGUUACGAUUUCCGGCGGUAUAUCGGCCGGCGCCGGCACCGGCCAGAACGAGAAUCAGCGCCUCGACAACGAGGGAGACGUGGUUUUCUACAUGGAGGAACCUAAGGCGGGCACGCCGAAUCGCGCGAGACGUGACAAUCGUGUGUUUCCGAUUGGCAGGGGGAGCCUUUUCACCUCGCAGACGAGCUCGGUGACUGAGGCGACCAGCGACGAAAUCGACAUUGACAUCGAGGAGCCGCAGAGGGUCACCACACUGACAGAGGCACACCGAAACGCUAUCCGGGCAAUCAGGAAGAUCAAGUACUUUGUGGCCCGCAGAAAGUUUCAACAGGCUCGGAAACCGUACGAUGUCCGUGACGUCAUCGAGCAAUACAGUCAGGGUCACCUGAACAUGAUGGUGCGGAUUAAGGAGUUGCAGAGAAGAUUGGAUCAGACCCUGGGUAAGCCGGGGAGCUACCUGGCGGGAAUCGACCGAGCGGGCAACGUGAAACCCAUGACGAUUGGUGCGCGUUUAUACAGAGUCGAGCAGCAGCUGUCGGUGAUGGAUAAGAAGCUGGACCAGCUGGUGUACGUGCUGAACGCGGUGGCGCAGAAACAGCAGAUACCGCUGCGUAGUAUAGAGGACGACGUGUAACAGAGAGCCCCCGGCGAACUUGUGCAAUCCAUUUCACGGUCACGAUCGGUUUCAUGGAUCCCACCUCGCGUCACAAUAACCACGGUGAAGCCGAGUAUGCUCAGUGAGAGCACUUGAACGCGAAACGCCGGUGUCCCGACGGUAUCCUGAGUAUACGUCCGGAAAGUACGAAACGUUUACGAAGAGCGAGUGUCGCCCGACAUCCGUCUCGAGAGGAGGAUCCUGGAAACCACGUGGCACGUUGAAGGAAAAGAGAUCGGAGGGGUAACAUGCGACACGACAGAAGUCGGGGGACCGCGGAGGAAACCACGCUUCUUACAACUUCGAUCCUAUAACGAUCUAACCCGAAGGAACGUAUCGCCGUGAGAGAUCACCACCCGCACUUUCCGGAAGACACAAGAGCGAUAUCCGGUGGCGGCACCCGUUGUCGGCUCGAGGUCGUGAGGAGAGUCCUUGAAACGCGAGCGACGUAGUCAAACGCACAGGAAGCAUGAUCGAGUCAACGGGGCGCGAGCGGAAACGGGGGAUGAGAAUCGCGGAUCGUUAUAUCCGCUACACGCGCGCUCUGCACGCGCCAUGUACGCCGUUCAAAAGGAAAGAGAAAAGGAAGAAUAAAGGAAGAAGUGGAAAAAGCGACGUUUCGUGGACCGAAACGAAAGCAUGCGAAGUCGCGUGGUUAGUUAUUACGGCGCGAACGAAUAUACAUUAUUCAUUGACGACGGGACGACGAUCAAUCGCGGCGCUCGAUCUCGUCCCCGGAGAGCGGUAAAACGAAAAGAAAGGGGGUGAAAAGGAGACAGGAAUAUCGACGCUGUUCCGUAUUUUUCAGUUCGCCGAAGGAAUGAGUAAACGCCAAUGGGAACAUCAUUCGGGCCAACUAGGAAUAAUAAAGAGGAACAAUAAGCAACUGAACUUCCUAGAGCAGAUUUUAAGCCUGUUAAUUAAACUCGUAUAUAGACUGCCGAUCGUCCUGCCGAUCGGUGGAUUAUUUAUCGAAGAAACGGAAUCUCGUCAUCGAGUAUCGGUACCGAGGAGACACCGACGGUUCCCCACGCGAGAAAAGGGUCAUGGUUUCCAGUCGUGGUUCCGUUACGACUCCCCCAGCACACGAAACCGACGGAGCCAACGGAGAACCGUCGCCGACGAGUCGCUCAGGCGAUUCGUUUCGGUUAAAGCCGCGAGCCCUCGAUUUAUUUGUAUCCCGUUUUAUUUCUUCGGCCCAGCACAAAUGUAGUAGGCAUUUCGAGGUAACCCGCUUUAAGCCCGCCUAUAUUAUUCUCCAUUUUUUUAUGGCAUUCCCCGACCACACUCGCCUACAAUGCUUGUCCCUGAAGAGCAAUACGUCUACAUAGAUUAUAGGUGCUGCUCCGUGAACCUUCGAUACGAUAUACAUACUCAUAUAUGUAUAUGUAUCUGUAAUAUUAGUCUUCGACGCUCGCGCGAGUUUUAAGGAAUGUUUUAAGAAUAUAAGGAUACACGCUGCGAGAGAAGAAGAAGAGGAAGAAGAAGAGGAAGAAGAGGAAGACGAGGAGAGGAGACGUGUCAAUAUUUACAUACCGCGAGUAGCAUGGAGGCGCGACACGCUGUCUCGCAUACAAAUACAAUUUAUAUUUUGUACGUAGUGUUAUUUACGGAACAUUAAGGUCGGAGACGUGCACCGCGCUCUCUCGAAUUUCGCGCGAUUCGUAAGCGCGUUAUAGCCCGUACGAAGCUCUCUCUUACUACUUAUAGGAUCGAAGCCGUAGGUUGCGACGCAGCACGAAUCCGGGGGACUCGCGAUUUUUCGUCGCGAGUCGGAUGUAAGGGCCGGCCGGGAUCGAUUCGAGAGACAUCGACGCAGAGGACGCGUAAUAGCUGCGGUUCUUAUGAUUUCGUCGACUGCCAAGAUAGUUCUAAAUCGAGACGAGCAAUAUAAUGUUAAUAAGUUCAGAUAGCGUUCAAGCGACGACGGACUCGCGUUGUCUCGCAAUUCUCUGCUUCGCGCCGAUCGAUUAACGACCAGUCUUUCGCGGGCAAGGAGAUUGUCCUUUACCGAGCAAAUCUGUAUGUGUGUGUGUGUGUGUGUGUGUGUGUCUCGCACUUUAUACAUGCAUACAUAUAUAUUUAUACAGGUUGUCCUAUUUUGAAUAGGCCAGCCGAAUAUCUCGAACAUACAUACAUAAAUUCGCGCGUGCAUCAUUGCGGAUGAUAAGAGAGUUGCAUUUUUCAUUACUAAAUAACUUCCAAACUAUUAGAUCUAGAUCUUACACGUCUUAGGAAUUUUCUAUAUGGAAUUUAGCAAUUUUUUAGAAUUUGCUACAAAAAGCAACACUUUUUAUUAAAAGAAAAACAAGGUUGACCUCCAUAUGAUGUGAGUGAAUGACCCUAAUUAAAAUUUAAAGUUACCGUUUUUUCUGCCUCGAAACUUUAUACAUUUCGUCUGAAACGUUUUUAUCUGUCGGGUUCAAUUUUCCAAAUAUUCAACUGGCCUCUUUAAAACGGGCUACCUUGGAUAAAUAUAUGUAUAUAUAUAUAUAUAUAUAUAUAUAUAUAUAUAUAU